CACCACCACCCCACUCCCACACCCAUGUCGCGCUGACCCCAGGGCCUCGCUUGCAGUUUGCGGAGACAUAUUACCAGGCUCGUUCCGUCUCGCCGCCGCCUCAUGUCAGCUCGUCCAGUCCCCCUCCGUCUCCUCCUCUUCCCAACCAGACCUCCGGCGGAACCCAGUGCUGUGCAGCCGACGUUUCUGUCCACAGUUGCUUGCUCUGGCCAAGGAGCCGCGAGAAUGCGCUCCUCCGAACGCUGCCACCCGCCAGCUUAUCCGUCCUGCUGCCGCGCCCCACCGAACCACCACAAGUACAUGCGCCGGCUGCCGGCCUUGUCGCUAGUGGCGCAAGCACCCGAUCCCGAACCUCGACCCUCCGCCGCGACGGCCUCAGCACCGAGCACGUGCUGCUCCCGUUAUCCAAAUCCCGUUGGCGCAUGACUCUCACCAGCCAGGCCGCCUGGUAAUACGCCAGCUUUUCUGCACCGGCCAGCCGGGGCCUCCAGGCCGACCACCCGAGGCUGAGGCAACAAAUACGGCCCGCGCUCGCGCUAAGCGGCUCCCCGUGCCUGCCGGCAGCCGGCUGAAGCCGUCUCAACCUCUCCCCGCUCGUCCCGCCUGCCGAGGCUCGCGGGCGUGGCACCGGAGGGGGAGACCGCUGCUGUCUUCCCGGCACCCGGCCACACUUUGAGCCAGCCCCGAAUACUAUGUCUCUGUACUCCGACCCGCCCUCAUAUCGCGAUGUCCACUUCGACAAGCCGACGCUGCUGGUUUGCUGGUGGAUCACCAUCUUUUCUACCGCCCUCAUCCUCAUCCGGACGGCCGGCCGGUUUGUGCGGAGCGAGACGCUGUUCGUCGAAGACCGCAUCGCAGCCGUCGCCAUCGUUCCGCUCUUCGCGCGCAUGGCAUGUGUCCAUGUCGUGCUAGUCUAUGGCACCAACAAUGCCGACUUCUCCGGCGUUGACCUCACGCCCCAGGAAAUCCGAAACAGGGAGAUCGCCAGUAGAUUGGUGCUCCUGAGCCGGAUAUUCCAUGCCGCAACAUUAUGGGUCUAUAAAGUCGCUAUCCUCGAGUACUUUCACCGCUUGACAGGUGUCUCCUGGUCACGUUUUUACAGGGUCGCCCUGAUCAUGAUCCGCUGCCUUCUGGGGCUGACAUUCUUGGCCGUCGUGAUCAGCGACCUGGCCGAGUGCCGGCCCUUCAGUAACUACUGGCAGGUGCUGUCAGACCCAGGAGGCCAAUGCCGACAGGGCUACGCGAACCUGCUCACAAUGGGCAUCUGCAACAUACUCACCGACCUGCUCCUCGUCUUCUUCCCGAUCCCGCUCAUCCUUCGCAGCGCCAUGACCACCAAGCGCAAGUUCCAGCUCGUCUCGCUCUUCUGUCUCAGUCUGGCCGUUGUCGGUACCACCAUCUACCGCGUACCUCAGGUCUUCAAGGCCAACGGACGGCAGCAGACCCGGUCCCUGCUGGCAUCCAUCGAAAUCUUGUUCGCUACCGGCGCGUCCAACUCGCUUGUGCUGGGAACCUUUGUGCGGGACAGGGGCACCAAGAAGAGGCGGUUCAAGUACGGUUCCAUCAUGGAAUCGGUCGGCCGCUCCAGCGACUCGCGAUCACGACGGCCAACCGUGGUGCGGCAUUGGGGCAGCGACGAGGACCUGGUGCGAGAUCUGGGCCUGGGCGUGCAGCCAGACCUCCGCGACGUUCCCGAGUCGCCAGGAGGAGGAAGGGCCGGGAACCACCCUUCCUUCUUCCAACCGGCGCCGCUGGUCCGGCCGGUCGGUGAUAUGGAGGGAUGGCAGUUCCCAUCGUCGUCGCUGACGAUAGACGGCCGGCGGAUCAGCGGCGGCACCCGCAGCGACUCGUCGCUCCUAAACGGACGCGACAUAUACAGUUCACGGAGCAACUCGACGACGACCCCUCGCAAGGUGUCCUUCUUCGAUGUCGGCGGCCUGCUGCCGAACGACGACGACGACAGGACCAUUACCACCCGCCGCGACAGCAUCACUUCGGGUGUGGACCCGCUCCACUCCCCGCGGGCCAGCUCCUUUGUCGCGAGCGGCUCAGGAUCCGUGCCGGCGAUCGCCAUGAACGCGAGCUCGACCGGCACGCGCCGGGGAUCGACGCAGCUCCUUCAGGACCUCGGUGUUUUGUUCGGGUCGCUUGGCGGGAGCAGCGGCGGUGCCGCCAGCGGUCCGCAAGCUAGCAGCCGGACGAGGGCGAGGAGCCCGGGCGGCAACAGCCAGCCGCCACCUACGUCCUCGGGGACCGAGCUCGAGCCGAUCCCGCAGGAGCCUCGAUUCGAGUCGGCAUACGCAGAAUCACCGAGGCGCAAGAGCCUUGUUCUGAGGGAUGCGGGCGGGCUUCUCGGCCCGCCCAGAUAAUCCUUCCAGCAUCAUAUGCCCAUUUUGCCAGGACACCUCGCCGAAUCUGUUCACGACAAACUUCCUCACCCGAAACAAAUCCAACCACGAGCACAUAUGGCCAUACCACGAAGCGGAGCAUUGAGUCACCUGGCCUCUAAUGUUGCCAUGAGACAUGUAUAAUUUUGACGAUGGAACGACGGGUUUGCUUUUUUAUCUUCUUUUUUCUUUCUUCCACAAGCAAGCACGCAAGCACCUGCCAUUCCCGGCUUAAUUUUUUUUAGCCUCGGCUGGACGUAUGGGCUUUAGACCGGAGGACCACGUGGAUUGGAACGGCGUUGGCGUUAUUCUUUAUUGCCCUUGCCAGGCUCUCAAGCAGCCGGCUCAGCACGCUCUUCAUGAUGGGCAGUUCUUGGGUGUGGUUUUGGUCUUAGCGUGGCGGGAAUGGCGGCACUAGAGCGGGAGGACACGGGAGACGGGCAGACUAGCUGGACCAGGUCCACGGCCAACGUCAGGGACGCAUGUAAAAAAAAAAUUUUCUGUCUCUUGCCUGCUUUGUUUCAACCGGCCGAUGAGGGUGGUCUACCGGCUGGUUGGUUUCUGCUUUCCGCAGGCGCAGUCGCCGUGCUGCUGUUUCUUGUUCAUUGUCACUAUAUACCCCCUUUUUAUCCAUCACUUUUUCCCCCGGGUUUGUCUCCCGGUUGCCAGAAGCCUAGCCACACAGUAAUCCCGAGAAGCACGUCAACUCCAGCACGACAGUGAUCCAGCCAGCGGGCGAGAUGUAGGAGGUUGUGCCAGACACGCAUGCAGGCCCUUGAAGCGCCCGACAUGGACCGAAAACGCUUAUUUUCAAUAAGGUAGGU